AUGCUAGAUGCAAUUAUUAGUAAGAUAUUUGGAUUUACUAAAUUUAAACCAAAACAAAAAGAUAGUAUCAAUUGUUUUAUUGAAGAAAAUGAUACUUUAUAUAUUUUGCCAAUGGGUGAAGGAAAAACUUUAGUUUAUACUGCCUUAGCUUUAUUAUUUACUGGAUUAACUCAAAAACUGAUAAAUAAAGACAUUCCAUUAGCUAUAUUAUACACAUCCUCUGAACAACUAUAUAAUUUUCAAGAAGCAAUCUUUUCUGAAAUUUCCUUAGGGUUUAUACAAAUUCCACUUGUUACAUCAGAAAAAUAUAUUAAAAAUCUAGCAUUU